AUGACAAUAGCAGAUGUAAUUCUACCGUAUUUGUCAUUGUCAGCCAUCUGCACGACAGUCGGUCUGUUUCUGUGCGGAAUUCAAAUCUGUUUUCGGAUUCACGAACGCGGUACUACUGAAGGUACCGGAUCGGCGCCAUUCCUUAUUGCCUUCAUUUCGUGUGCUUUUUGGUUACAGUAUGGUGUUCUCAAGCACGAUAACGUAGUAAUUCUUGUCAAUGUAAUCGGAUUUCUAUUACAAGCAUGCUAUUUGACGUAUUAUUUUUUGAUGACGAGGAAUACGGUGAGUUUUUUUUGUUUAUUCACUUGUCCGUAG